AUGCAGAUCACUACUACCCUGUAUACAAUUGAGGACGACUGCACAAUUCAAGACGCUGUCAUGACCAGCACCUCUGGCCUGCUGAGCAAGCAAGCCAGAGCGAUGCGGCGAUGCGGAGCAAAGGCUCGGGAUUGCUUGCUCGAGGCCAGAGGCUCUAUCAUGUGGUUGCUACCCGAGAGGGUCAGCAAGUCACAUAGCCCUACGAUAGCCUCGCAAGCCAAUGACCGCGACCUUUCUCGCCUGAACGACUGGAAUUUCAUCAUCUGGAAGACCCGCGUCACAGCUGCUCUCGACAGGAAGCACCUCCUCGGCUUCGCCACUCAAGCCGACUACGCUGGGGACGCGGAUGUCAACCUCGGCACAGACGAAUAUCUCAACCCGGUUCAUCAUCUGGAGCGUCACGACGUCGUCAAGCGCGGCGCUCCUCAUCGAAAAGAAAAACCUCCCGUGGCCCUGUCCUUCACUGCCCAGAAGAAGCAGGAGCUGGGCCGAGCUGAGAAGCUGAAGGCCAAGAGCCAACAGCUGAGCUCCAAGAAGCUGCGCCUUAUGGAAGCGAACACCAAGGUGUUCCUGAUCAAGACCAUCGACGACCAACAUGUCCUCACGGUUAAGGAGAAGCCUAUAGCGUAUGAGAUCUAUCAGACUCUCUUUAGCAAGUAG